UGGGAGGCAGGUCUGGUUGUAGCCUUGGGCAAUACAGAGAGAAUAUAAGAGAAGUUAAUUCUGCUGCAGAAACCAGACCUGGAACCUCCAAGUCUCAUCUUGAAAGAAGCAGCAGUCGGUUACUUACAGCCAUCUCACAGCCUCUUGUCAACAUGCCUGGAUCUGGAUCAUGCACCUCUAUCAUCAACCUGCGCUUCCAAGAAGGCAGCGAGGGAAGUCCUUCCAACCCUGCCAAGUUCAAGAACCAAGACUUUGCGCAGCUGAAAGAUAACCACCUCCGCAGAGGCCGGCAGUUUGUGGACCGCACCUUCCCACCUGACAGCAGCUCUCUGGGAGACCUGCCGGACCUCAGCAGUCGGCAGGAAGCCCAAGUGAAAUGGCUUCGACCAGCAGAAAUCCUGAAACAACAAAACAACUCCAAUGAAGCUAUUUUCUGUACCAAAGGAGCCACACGCUUUGACUUUGGUCAAGGCGCUGUAGGUAACUGCUGGUUUCUGGCUGCGAUUAACUCACUGACCUUCCGCAAAGCCCUGAUGGUGCAAGUCGUGCCUAUGGAUCAGAACUUCAACAACCAUGCAGGGAUAUUUCACUUCAGGUUCUGGAGGUUUGGCAAGUGGGUGGAUGUUGUCAUUGAUGACUACCUGCCAGUAAUGAACAAUCAGCUGCUGUCUGUGCGCUCCACAAAAGGAAAUGAGUUCUGGGCUCCUCUGAUGGAGAAAGCUUAUGCCAAGGUGUGCGGAUCGUACACAGACAUGAAUGCUGGUUUGCCAUCAGAGGCCUGCAAGGAUUUCUGUGGAGGCGUGAACGUGGAUUACAAACUCCAGGAAGUCCACUCUGCAGGCCAUGAUGACAAGCUGUGGAGAUCACUGUCCAACGCCAGCAGCUGCAACUCCAUGAUCUGCUGCGGAACAGCCCAGAAAGGGGGUGUGUUGGUGAACACUGUAUCCAACUCUGGUAUUGUUGAUGCACAUGCCUAUUCUGUCACAGCAGUCAUUGAGACGAACUCUCGCGGCUCCAAAGUGAGGCUGGUGCGACUCUUCAACCCGUGGGGCAGAAAAGAGUGGACCGGAAACUGGAGUGACAAGUCCGACAUGUGGCAAAGUGUUAGCCCAGAUGAUCGGGAAAAGUGUGAGGACCGCAACGAUGGAGAGUUCUGGAUGGAUUUAGAGGACUUCUGUCGUCAUUUCUCCAUGUUGUUCAUCUGCUGUGAGAACCCCAACUUUAUCGAUGGCGACGUCAACUGCCAGUGGCAAAGCCAGACUUACGAUGGCAAAUGGACAGCUGGGAGAUCUGCAGGCGGCAGCUUGUCUAACCGUUCCUUUGAAACAAACCCUCAGUAUCGCAUGAAGGUGAAUAUCAUUGACAAGUCAGAGAAGGAAGACAAAAACAUCGUCCUUACUCUGAUGCAGAAACCUAGGCAGGAGAAUCGCAAAAGGCAAUCAACUUACCCAAUUGGGAUCAGCGUCUUUAAGAUUCCACCAGGGACAACAUCGGGCCGCCUGAGUAUCAACCAACUUUACCAAUUGCAAAGACAGAAGGAUACACAGAUGUACACCUAUGCGAGGGAGCUGGUUGAGAUGCACAGCAUGGAGCCUGGAGAGUAUUUGAUCGUCCCCUCCACCAUGGAUCCUUACCAGAGUGCAGAUUUCAUUCUAACCAUCUUCUCCAAGACCGAUGCUCAGAUCACUCCCCAUGAUGAAGAUGAUGAGGAUGAGAAUGACCACGAGGACAAGAAGAAGGAGGAGGGGGGGGACCUAGUUCUUCCUGAGGUACCAACCGACAACAAAAAGCCUGAGGAGGAAACCUCCGACAACAAGGCUCUCCGUGAUCUCUUCAACCGAUACGCUGAUCAGUUUGGUGAGCUGAAAGACAGGCAGCUCAGGAUGCUCCUGAAUGACAACUUCCCGCAUGGCACCUGGAAUGGCUUUGGUUACGAUACCUGCAGUAGCAUGAUCGCUAUGUUUGAUGUCGACAAAAAAAUGACAAUGACCCUCGUUGAGUUCACAUCUCUCUGGAAGAAAAUAAAUGAAUACAAGCAACACUUUCAUCGUGCAGAUGUGAAUAAGAAUGGAUCCCUGACUGACAUAGAGCUCAAAGUGGCAAUAAAGACUGCAGAACCAGAGAUUGACCUUAACAGCAGUGUGGUGAGGCUGAUGACCUUCCGUUACUCAGGCUUUGAAGCCACCACCAUGGAGGGCUUCAUCUCAUUCAUGUUACGCCUGGGCAAAACAACAAGUACCUUCAAGGACAAAUCAACAGAUGGAGUUAUCAACUUGUCUUGGGAGGAGUGGACCGAGUUCUCCAUGUACAACUAGACUCAAGAGUACACAGAAGACACGAGAAGAUUCCUACAAGCAAACGCUGCUUUAAGAGAAUAAAUGUCUUCCUGUGCAAAACCUGUAACAUGUUUCUCUGAUCAAAUUGUGAAAUAAACAUUGUUGCCUUCUGAA